CGGUUGGUCGUGUCGUCUAAGGAAAACGUACGCCAAUUAACAUUCGCAUGUCGGGUCCACCGCUCGUGUUUCCAGUUCAUAUAAAAAUUCAUAUGUUUCCUUAUACUAAAAACAUUUCUUUUGACUACUCUGCUGACAGUUUCCGAAAAUGGCUGGUGAACAUUACUCUAUGAACGAGAAGAGUCACCCUUCAAUUGGACCAGUUUUAAGUAACAACAGCUCAAAUGCUCCGGAGAGAGCGUCAUGGGGCAGGCCAUUGGAGUUUAUUCUGGCUUGUAUGGGUUAUGCCAUAGGACUGGGCAAUGUGUGGAGAUUCCCUUACCUUGCGUACAGGAAUGGCGGUGGUGCGUUCCUCAUAUUAUUUUUCAUCAUGUUGAUAUUUCUCGGUCUUCCUCUAUUUUACCUCGAACUUUAUAUCGGACAGUACACUGGUGUUGGUCCAAUUAAGGCCUUUUCCUCCAUAGCACCAUUUUUUAGUGGCUUGGGAUACUGCACGCUGGUGGUCAUGACCAUAGUCCUUAUUUACUACAUGGUCAUUGUAGCGUGGAUAUUGUUCUAUUUCAUAAUUUCAAUGACGGGCAAAUUGAAUUGGGGUUUAUGUGACAAUGAAUUCAACACUAUCCAUUGUUUUAGUGGACAAUACGACGAGGCUUGCAGAGAAAACAACACAAAUACUGCAGAUGAUCUCACUUACUAUCUUAGGAACUGUACUAAAAUUGGUUCUAUUUGUGAAAGUAAUGGAUUGCUUCCCUUGAACGGGACUCAUUGCUUGAAUGGAACUGAUGCUCAGCCCUGGUAUAUUGGUGUCACGCGGACGUUAGCGUCUGAGGAAUAUUAUAAUGAACGCGUUCUUGGCAGAGGCGAUGCUACUUGGGAAAAUUGGGGAUCAAUUCAAUGGCAUUUGGUCGGCACUUUAUUUCUUUCAUGGCUUAUUGCGUUCUGUUGUGUCAUUAAGGGUGUUCAAUCAGCAGGCAAGGUGGUGUAUUUCACUGCAUUAUUCCCCUACGUAAUGUUGACUGCUUUGUUGAUCAGAGGAGUCACUUUGGAAGGAGCUGUAGAAGGCAUUUUGUUCUUUGUAGUACCAGAUUGGGAGCUUCUUGCAACCGCUAAAGUCUGGGGCGAUGCCGCAUCUCAGAUUUUCUACUCGUUCGGUUUGGCAUGUGGAUCUUUGGUGACAUUGGCUUCAUAUAGUAACUUCUACAAUAACUGCCACUUCGAUGCGGUAUUUGUCAGUGCGGCGAAUUUUCUCACCUCGAUUUACGCCGGCUUGGUUAUAUUCUCCGUCCUUGGGUUCCAGGCUCAUAACAUGGGCGUUAGUGUUAGUGAUGUAGCUGAAGAAGGAGCCGGUCUAAUAUUCGUGGCGUACCCAGAAGCAAUUUUGCAAAUGCCCAUACCGGUGCUAUGGUCGAUAUUGUUUUUCUUCAUGCUGUUCAUACUGGGUCUCGGUAGCCAGUUCGCUGGUAUCGAAGCUAUUAACACGGCUAUCGUAGACCGCUGGCCGCAUUUCAGAAAGUCUUAUUGGAAGGUCACCGCAUUCACUUGUACAUGCUGCUUCCUCCUGGGCCUGCCAAUGUGUUUUAGCGGAGGAGUCUUCUUAUUAACUCUAUUGGAAUGGAAUACUGCGACUUGGGCCGUUCUUCUAAUUGGCAUAGCUGAAUGCGUGUCAGUCUCCUGGUGUUAUGGCAUCAACCGAGCCAUCGAUAACCUAAGGACGAUGAAAAUGAAGUUUUACCCAGCCUAUGAAUACUACUGGAAAGUUGUUUGGAUAUUUAUACUUCCUAUCGGCAGUUUGGGUGUUCUGAUAUUCAAGUUCUCCGACUGGACGGGUGCGACAUACGGGAAUUACGUGUUCCCACUAUUCGCGGAUCUUCUCGGUUGGGCUGUUGGGUUGUCCACGAUAAUACUGUUUCCUGUCGGAGUGGCAUGGGCCUGGUAUCAUGGAUAUCGAGGCAAAGCGCUGUUCACACCCACUGAAGACUGGAAACCAGCGGAAAAUGUCGCAGAUCUUCCAUCAGACUCAGUUUCUGUAAAUGGUGCUGAUAAUUACGGCUACCUGCCGUAGACUACACACGACCACUUAUUAUUUUUAGUUUUCUAGUCAAGUUAUCAAAAAAUUGUGUUGAUAAUACUUUUUUAUUCCCUUUAAAGAUGUAAACUAAUUUUAUAAAUUAUUUGUGACAAAGUUAAGUAAUUUGAUCUUUAUUGAUAAUUUGCAGCUGGAAAUAAUACGACAAUUUAAAUGCGUUGGUGAUAAAUAGGUCUAUUUAAAAUUAAUGAUUUGACUAUGAUUGUGUCUACUA